UAUCGAGGCCCUGCCCCUGAACUGAUCUGCCGCAUCCAGGGAGGACAGGUCGAACUCUGGGUCUGUGGUGAUGAGGACCGUGGGGCAAUCUCGAGGUCGGAGGACUUGCUGCCAGGACAUGCCUGGUUACUGAGCAGAACCGAGGAGCAGGGUCCUGAGGAAGGGCCUGGAAAGCUGGAGCCAGCAUGGGCUUCCCUGGGGAGUAUGGGUGAGGUGGAUUCCCUGAGACCAGCGAAGGACCAGUGGCACAAGGGCCAGGGGAUGCCCCCAAAGCAGGAGAAUGUAGCAGCGAACGAGGUCCCAUCUCUAGUUGGGCAUUGGAGUGAAGAAGGGGAACAAGCCCGAAAGAGCCCAGGGUGCAGGGAUGAAUAUGUCAUGCUGAGACACCAGAAGAGGCAGAAAGGAAAGGUCCACUGGAGAGAGACACUGCAUGCAAACCAAGGCAGUGUGGGGGGCCUCAGAGGGAAGCAGGAGCCCACCACCAAGCGCAGGGGGAGAGACCACUCCUGCCCUGAGUGCAGGAAAAGUUUUAGCUGCCCCUUGCGCCUGGCUCUGCACAAGAUAAAGCAUGCUGGGGAGAAGCCCCAUGUUAGCACCAAGUGUGGGAAGAGCUUGACCAGCCUCUCUGUGCAGAGGAUGCAGCAGCCACACGGCUGCACAAGGUGUGGGAAGAGCUUCAGGCAGCCCUCCAGUCUAGCCAGGCACAGGUGCAUACACGCAAGGGAGAAGCGUCAUCCUUGCUCUGUGUGUGAGAAGAGCUUCAUCUCCUUGUCCAAACUGGCUCGACACCAGCUUACCCACACGGGGGAGAAGCCACAUAAGUGCUCUGAAUGUGGGAUGAGCUUCGCCCAAUCCUGCAACCUGAAUGUGCACCAGCGCAUCCACACUGGGGAGAAGCCACAUCGCUGCUCUGUGUGUGGGAAGAGUUUCACCUACCCCUCCCACCUGGCCCGGCAUCAACUGAUCCACGAGCAGGCGAAGCCACGUCAGUCCUCUGAGUGUGGGAAGCACUUCACCCAUUAUGGCAACCUGACCCAGCACCAGGGCAUCUGCACCGGGGAGAAGCCAAAUAAGUGCUCUGUGUGUGGGAAGAGUUUCACCUGGUCCUCCUACCUGGCCCAGCAUCAGCUGAUCCACGAGGCAGAGAAGCCACAUCAGUCCUCUGAGUGUGGGAAGCACUUCACCCAAUCCUUCUCCCUGACCAAGCACCAGCGCAUCCACACAGGGGAGCAGCCACAUCAGUGCUCUGAGUGUGGGAAGAGUUUCACCUGGUCUUCUGCCCUGGUCCGGCAUCAGCUGAUCCACAUAGGGGAGAAGCCACAUCAGUGCUCUGUGUGUGGGAAGAGCUUCACUCAAUCCUCCUCCCUGACUGUGCACCAGCGCAUCCACACUGGGGAGAAGCCACAUCAGUGCUCUGUGUGUGGGAAGAGUUUCACCUGGUCUUCUUCCCUGGUCCGGCAUCAGCUGAUCCACAUAGGGGAGAAGCCACAUCAGUGCUCUGUGUGUGGGAAGAGUUUCACCUGGUCCUCCGAGCUGGUCCGGCAUCAGCUGGUCCACACAGGGGAGAAGCCACAUCACUGCUCUGUGUGUGGGAAGAGCUUCACUCAAUCCUCCUCCCUGACCAAGCACCAGCGCAUGCACACGGGGGAGAAGCCACAUCAGUGCUCUGUGUGUGGGAAGAGCUUCACCCAAUCCUCCUCCCUGACCAAGCACCAGCGCAUCCACACAGGGGAGAAGCCACAUCAGUGCUCUGUGUGUGGGAAGAGUUUCACCUGGUCUGCCCUGGUCCGGCAUCAGCUGAUCCACAUAGGGGAGAAGCCACAUCAGUGCUCUGUGUUUGGGAAGAAUUUCACCUCAUCCUACAGCCUGGUCCAGCAUCAGCUGAUCCACACGAGAAAGAAGCCACAUCAGUGCUCUGAGUGUGGGAAGAGUUUCACCUCGUCCUCGUCCUUGACCGUGCACAAGCGCAUCCACACAGGAGAGAAGCCAUAUCAGUGCUCUGAGUGUGGGAAGAGCUUCAUUCAUUCCUCCUAUCUUGCCAAGCACAAGCGCAUCCACACAGGGGAGAAACCAUAUCAGUGCUCUGUGUGUGGGAAGAGCUUUGCGCGAUCCUCCUACCUAGCCCAGCACCAGCGCAUCCACAAAGAAGAGAAGCCGCGUCAUUGCUCUUAGUGUAGGCAGAGCUUCGCCUACUCCUCCAGGUUGUGCCGAACACCAGUGCAUCUACACAGGGGAGAAGCUACAUGGGUGCCCUGAGUAUUGGAAAAGCUUCAGCCAUCUCUCCCACCCCUCCUGGAAUCAGCACAUGCACACCCAGAAGCAUCCCUAGUUCUGCCAGCAGUGCAGGAAGGGCUUGGAGAUGUCUGCCUGCUCAGCACCCACCAGUGCUGCAUUCAGUCAAGCACCCCCAUGCCGGUGGAGUGCAGAAAGAUUUUGUUCAGGCUGUGCCCCUUGUAGGGUACAGUGGGAAUCCAGAGCCCAGAGGCUGGCCCACAAGAAUUGAUUGUGGGGAGAGUCUAAGAAGAAACACCUCAGGUAGAAGUCAGCCCCCAUGCGGGGCAAGGAGAAGAGGAGGAAAUGAUCUUGCAUCAGCCUUGGAGCCUGUGCAUUCCCCAUCCUUCUCUAAAAGCAAAUAGUACUCGCAGGGGAAGAAGUGCCUUAACGGUAGGGUGCCCUCCCCAAGACAGCUGGCGUGAAAUGACACCCAGGGACUUUCCGUGGCUGCCUCCCAGCUUUCUCCUUCCUCCUGGUCCAGGGCUUCUGGCAUAUCAGCCCCUGAGUUGCAGGGAGCAGUGCAUUUCUGGCUGGGCAGCAUUCCCUACCCUCUUCCCUGACCUCGCCUUUCCUCAUCCCCACAUCACCCCUUUCCCAGACCUGCGCAUGCCCAGUAGGGUCCGCCAGGAGCUGCUACUGCCACCCCCUGAGCUGUUUGUUAGACCUGACUCUACGCAAUGCCCCAAACUAGGGAGGCAGUGGAUCGAUGCACAAAUUGCUUGUCAACUGCUUUAUUCCAAGUGGAGACAGCUUCGGGCCAGCUUCAAUAAACAGGGGAGCUGCAGUGAA